UGCAGCCUCAUAUUACAUGCAGAAAAACACCCCCUCAACAAUAGGGCCAAUCCUUAGACCUGUAUACACUACACCGCCAUGUCUCAUUCCAUAAUUCUGAUUCACUGCAACGUAGCCCAUCACCAUGAAUGUUUCCCAGGAGCAAGUUUCUUUGACCGGGCACCCUAAUCUCUUUAAUAGGAGAAUAGCCACCGACAAGCCAGUAGACCAGAUGUACCAACGGACAUUUCGCCUCGACCUUGACAAAACUUCGAGGGCUCUUUACGUUGUCGGCACAGUGUUGAAAGUGAACCUGAACAGGAGUGCCCCUCCCAGCUCUACGUACUUCUCUGUGAAAUGCAGCCCCAACGUGCAGUACAGGAUCACCCCACCCCCAGCGAAGAGUGGACCAAUCCCCACCCCUUUCAAUGGGAAUACAGUGCUUCUUCUCACCAUGGACACUGCCAGCGAAGUGGAAAAUGAUAGCAAGCUAUCGGUCAUGUUUUAUGGAAAGAAGAAGGAGGUGUUGGGUAAAGCUGUCGUUCACCUCACCGCUUUUGAGAUCUCCCUGGAUGUUGAUGCUGAUCGAGAUGGCCAGGUGGAGAGGAACAACCCCAACAAGGGAUCCUGGAUGUGGGGGCCUAAUGGCCACGGUGCCAUCCUACUGGUCAACUGUGACUCAGAACACACCUGUCGGAAGAGCCUGGACAGUGAGCAUGCUGAGGUCACAAGAGUCUCAGAUCUUAAAGAUAUGUCCCCCAUGGUGCUGCGGACCAGUGGCCCGGCCAAGCUCCCAGAAGGCUACAAGUUGACCAUGCACAUCUCCCAGGGUGAUGCAGAGUGUGUGAGGGUCUUCAGGACCAGGUCCACAGCAGGCAUGCACCAAACACUGACAGAAAACCUGUUUUACAAGAGCUUUGUGAAGGACUACCCACUAGUGGUAGGAGGUGAGGAUCUGUCCAAGGAGGUACCUUGCCUCUGGGGAAACGCUGAGAUGAACUUUUACGUUGAAGGCCUGAGGUUCCCUGACAAAGACUUUGAGGGCCUAAUCAGCAUCAACCUCAGCAUGCUGGAGCCGAGCUCUCAGGGCUUUCCUGAGACGCCCAUCUUUACAGACAAGGUGGUGUUCCGAGUGGCUCCCUGGAUCAUGACACCCAACACACUCGACCCUGUGGAGGUUUUUGUCUGCAGCACAACUGAUAAUGAACAGUUCUUAAAGAGAAUGAGGAGGCUGGUGGAGAACAGUGGGUGCAAACUGAAGAUUUGCCCUGAGGAUAUGAACAGAGGAGACCGUUGGAUGCAGGAUGAGAUUGAGUUUGGCUACAUUGACUCUCCUCACCAACGUUUCCCUGUUGUUCUGGACUCCCCCCGAGACGGACACCUACAGGACUUCCCUUAUGAUGUGCUACUGGGCCAAGACUUUGGCUAUGUGACUAGGACAGCAUAUGGCAAGGAAGUGAGCAGCCUGGACUCGUUUGGUAACCUGGAGGUUAGCCCUCCAGUCACUGUAAAUGGAAAGAACUACCCACUGGGUAGGAUCAUCAUUGGAGUGGCCUUCCCCACGGCUACUAAGGGCCGCAACAUGACCAAAGUAGUGCAAGACUUCCUGUGGGCUCAGAAAGUCCAGGAGCCCAUUGCGUUGUUCUCUGAUUGGCUCCUGGUUGGGCAUGUGGAUGAAUUCAUGACCUUCGUCCCAGCUCCGGACAAAAAGGGAUUCCGGCUUCUGCUCGCCAGCCCCGAUGCAAGCUACAAACUAUUCAGGGGCUUACAGAAUGACGGGCAUGGACAAGCCAAAAUGUUUGAUGGUCUUGGAGCAGAAGAGAUUACAGUAGAUAAGAUUUUGAGUGAUGAGAAACUCAAGGCAGAAAACAACUAUGUCCAGAGCUGUAUAGACUGGAACAGGGAUGUCCUGAAGAGGGAGCUGGGUCUAGACGAUGAUGACAUCAUUGACCUGCCCAUCCUUUUCCAUGUGAUAGAGAACAGGGCAGUGGCCUACUACCCAGACAUGGUAAACAUGAUUGUGUUGGGAAAGAACCUGGGCAUCCCUAAGCCGUUUGGGCCCAAGGUGGAUGGCCGCUGUGCCCUGGAGGCAGAGAUGACCUCCCUCAUGGGGGGCCUGGGACUCAGCUGCACAUACAUUGAUGACUUUGCCUCCUACCACAAACUGCUGGGAGAGGUUCACUGUGGCUCCAACGUACGCAGGGAACCGUUCUCCUUCAAGUGGUGGAACCUGGAGAUGUGAAGGAUUUGGGGGGGAAGGAACGGUUGUAGUUAGAAAGAAGGAAUCAUGCUUGAAAUAAACAGCAGUAACAAUCACCAGCAGCAGUUGCCUUCAAACAACCACAGUAGUCCUCCAACGGUAUUACACCUUUGUCUUUAUUAAACAUAUUUGGCUUCAUUUACAAAAGGGUGAAAAGCAAUAUUUACAAACAAGACUUUGGAACUUGAACAAGGGCUUAAGCGGACUGUCAACGAGAAGAGCAAUACAAUCACCUGAAUCAAGCACAUUGCAAAUUAGAUAUGUUGUUUGAAUUGGCUGGGGGCUCAAUCCAAAUGUCUUGCAUGUACCAACAGAACAACAGGACCACAGAGAAAUGUGCAAAUAUAAUCUGGAGCCACCAGAGGGUGUAAUCCAACUACUGGUAUUCAAGCAUUUUACAAAGACUAGUGAUACCUUUUGUGAUAAAAAAUUUUUUUAAAUAUAUUUUGAGUUUGUGUGCAAUACACACUGACUCCAAAGGCUCUGUUAACAUGAUGAAACUUAACUUUAUCAUCUUUCCAAUUAAUAGUAUUUUAUUUCAUCGUAAUCUUCAGAAUGGUGUUUUAAUGAUUAAAUGCAAGACUAACUGCAUUUUUGAUGUAGUGUUACUUAGACAGGGAUCCUUAAGAUUCAACUGAAAGAUUGUAUGAAAACCGAAUGUUCUAAUGUCAACAGAGAAAGCACAACUAAAUUCCACAUUGGCUCUUCAUUUUAUUGAAAUAAAAAGUAAUGAAAACCA